AUGACUAAAGUGGUUUCCGCCCCCACCAAAUCUCACCUUCACCUCCCAACUCUCUUCUCCUUUUACACUUCGUCAAUUUGCUUUACUCAACCUCUUUGCUCACCAGUACUAUUCAAAUUUAAACUCUCUCUCCCUAUCAUCAUGGGCGCAUCCACCGAGAUGUGCCCCCUCCUUUUCCGUCUCCCGGUAGAACUGCGAUUGCAGAUCUAUGCCCUGUCGUUGAACCGCGCCGUGCCCCCGCACAGCCUUCUCCGCGUCUGCCGCCAAGUGCGGGCGGAAGCACUCUCCGUCGUGCUGCGCAAGAGACGCUUCUUCGAGAGGCUAGACCAUCUCGUAACAUGGGUUCAGCAGAGCCCGGCGCAUCUGCUACCUCUGGUCCGAUCCAUUCACGUCAAUUGCAUCGUGGGCAGCGCGUUGUUCGCCGCGCCGGCGCCGAAGCAACCCACAUUGUGGCAAGAGAUGUACCAAAGCAUCGUCUCGACGGCCUCAACCCGCGUACCCAGCCCCGUAGGUCCUCUACCUGCAUCCGUGGUCGCAGAAGCACUGGCCGCGCUGAGUGGGGUCCGCGACUUUGGGAUCUUCGUCAUGCAGAACGUCGCGCGCCUUAGCUCGCCCCAGUUCCUCGCCGACCAGCGUCUGCUCCUGACCACUCUGGGGACCCGCAUGCCGCAGAUCCAGAAACUGGAGCUGGACAUCGACUUCGUUCCCUUGGAUUUUCUGCGUUGGUUCGCCGCCGAGCUGCAUCACCUGACAAUCUCAGGCUACGCCGCGGCCGCGGACAACAACAACGACGACGAUGACAAGGCAACAGACACCAUCGCUAUAUUCCGGGCCCUCAGACACCUUCAAAGCUUGACGCUGCUGAAUGAGAUGAACACGUUGCUGGCCCGCGUGGUCGACAAGGAUGUGUCCCGCCUCGCUCCGCUUGUCGCCGUGACGCCGGAGGUGGUGCAGGAGAUGCAUCCGCUGCAGGGGUUCGCGAUCACGAGCUUGCACGAUCGACAAUUCGAGUCCCACUUCCUGACGGCGGCAAUGAUCCGUGCGCUACUGCAUACGCAUGCGGAUACCUUGCUGAAACUGGAGAUCUGGAGCGACGGCCAGGUGACCGAUGAGGUGGCCGUCGAGUUGACGAAGUUGCUGCCGCGGUUGGCCCAGUUGAGAACUUUGAGGCUGCACUUCCGGUAUUCUCAGGCUCUAGGCCUUGAUCUCCAAGAGUUUGUGCUGCCAACUAUCGAGACGGUUGAUUUGCAGUGCGAGAAGUGCUAG